AUGACACAGAAAUCCAGCAGGAAGCUGUGGGAGCAGGAGGCAGAACCACGGAGAAAACCCGGCAGCGCCAGCGGGAAACCCGGCAACGGGAAACCCGGCAACAGGAAACCCGGCAGCGCCAGCGGGAAACCCGGCAACGGGAAACCCGGCAACAGGAAACCCGGCAGCGCCAACGGGAAACCCGGCAACGGGAAACCCGGCAGCGCCAACAGGAAACCCGGCAACGGGAAACCCGGCAGCGCCAACAGGAAACCCGGCAACAGGAAACCCGGCAGCGCCAACAGGAAACCCGGCAACGGGAAACCCGGCAACAGGAAACCCGGCAGCGCCAACGGGAAACCCGGCAGCGCCAACAGGAAACCCGGCAACGGGAAACCCGGCAGCGCCAACAGGAAACCCGGCAACAGGAAACCCGGCAGCGCCAACAGGAAACCCGGCAGCGCCAACAGGAAACCCGGCAGCGCCAACGGGAAACCCGGCAGCGCCAACAGGAAACCCGGCAGCGCCAACGGGAAACCCGGCAGCGCCAGCAACACGAACACACGCCGAGUCCCAGCAUUGAUUGAUUGA